AUGAUUGUUUACCUCUUUGCAACCUACGCAGGCGAGGUCGUCGUAGUGGCAGCGGAACUUAUACUAAGCCCGACCCAAACAAACAACAGAAACCGCGCCAAGAAAGUGCCUGAACAAGGCCGAGGAACCGAAUCUCGAGUGGAAUCCCCAAGAGGUACAACAAUAUGGUUCAAACGCGCACCGGAACCCAAGGGCAUCCACACAAGCAUUGAGCGAGGGAGAGAUGGAGGCGAGAAGGAGGAAGAAAGUGACUACAAUGGGUGUAGCGACCAGAGCGUUCAGCGUUGUCCGUCUCACUGGUGA